AUGGCAGUCGAAAUCGCGAUGAACACGCCGCUGGCGGAUGCCCUCAACUCGGCUAUGCGGCCCAAGCUCGUCGAGGUUGGCUGGGCUGCCGACGGCGAUGACUCGCCUCUGUCCGAGUACAUCCUUCUUAUGCUCGUCAAUGGCAAGACACAGGACGAGAUCGCCAGUGAACUAGCCGGCGACCUGCUCAACCUCGGCCCAGACGAUGCCGGUGCCAAGGACUUUGCCCGAUGGCUCUUUGAUGAGAUCGAGGCCUAUAACAGAAAUGGCCAAGCUGGCGGUGAUAUGGCAGGUGUCACCGGCCAAGAUGCCGACAUGGAGGGCGUGCAAGACACCGGCUUCAAUGCCCCGUUGUCUGAGCUCAAUGCCCCUACAGGUCCAAAGUCCAUGCGCAACGGCGACGUGCGCGGCAACCGAGGCAAGCGCAUGAUCGGCCAGAUGAACCGUGCCAUGGACCGAACCCACGACUCGGUCCUCCACCGCGUUCGGGGUGCGAACGGCAACGAGAGAAUCAACGCGCACAGCAGGCAACCCCCGACCGGCCCCCGCGGUGCUGGCCGGAUGGGCAACCGCGCCAUGAACAACCGUGCCAACAACAUCGUCCACGGCAUGGCCGCCCAGAUGCAGGGCAUGCCGGGGGUGCCCGGUAUGCCCGGUAUGCCCGCCAUGGACCCCAACUUCAUGAUGGCCAAUGCCAAUGGCCAAGGAGAUCUGUAUGCGCUUCUUCAGCAGCAAAACCAGAUGAUGGCCACCCUACUUCAACAAACCCAGAACCAGGGCCAGGGUGGAGGACGCGGCGGUCGCGGCGGCAGGUCAUUGUUUGAGCGAACAGAUCGCGGGCGCGGUGGCUUCAAGAGGGGUGGCCAUCACGGAAACGGCCACCACGCUCGCCAAGAAGACGGCUCCAACGGCGCAGCCGAAGGUGACGACGUUGACAUGGGGGGCGAAAGACAAAACCAGAACCCCGAAACGACAGUUUGCAAGUACAACCUGUCAUGUACCAACCGGGACUGCAAGUUCGCCCACCAGUCACCAGCGGCUCCUCCGGGUAUUACUGUAGACGUCAACGACGUCUGCACGUACGGUGUCGCCUGCAAGAACUUCAAGUGCGUCGCCAAGCACCCGUCCCCGGCCACCAAGCGUGCCCACCAAGGCGAACAGGAGUGCAAGUUCUGGCCCAACUGCGCCAACCCGAGGUGUCCCUUCAAGCACCCCGACAUGCCAGCCUGCCGCAACGGCGCCGACUGCAAGGUUGAGGGCUGCAAGUUCACGCACGUUCAGACCAAGUGCAGAUUUAACCCUUGCACCAACCGCUACUGCCAAUACAAACACGACGAGGGCCAACGCGGGACAUUCCAGGACAAGGUCUGGACGGCCGAGGGUGGUGACCACGUCAGCCAGAGGCAGUUUGUCAACAGCGAAGCCGAAGAGGUCGUCAUGCCCGGCUCGGAAGCCGCCAUGGACGAGGAGGUGGCUUAG